AUGCCCAUUUCAGCAUCAAAAGAUCCGAAUAGAAAGGUAACUGCUUUGUGUGAGAUUGGAAUUGAUGCAUUUAGAAAGAAUUUAUAUUCUCUCACUUUGGGUAUCAUCAACUUUGCCAUGUGGCUUACCGAUUCUUCAACUAAGUUAUCCAGAGAACCUUUUAUGGAAAAACAACAAGAAUUAACUAUAUAUUCUAGUCAGUCAUGUAAUGCACCUUUGAAUGAGAUCGACAUUUACCUAAGAAGUCAUCUUGUAGCCGGACUUGCAGCAGAGAAAUUGAAGGAUUUUGAUUCCGCUAUUACACAUCUAAAGAGCUGUCUGUUCGUCGCAGAUGCUCCUGCUUCCAAUCAUGAACAAAUACAAGCUUUACAGGCUCUUGCUGAAAUUCACAUUUCACGUGGGCAGAUUAACCUUGCAAUCCGCACAUGGACCUAUCUACUCAAGACGCUCCAUACCUCCCAGCAGAGAUCGGAGAAUAAUAUACUCAAACUGCAUGUCAUUUAUCACUUGAUUGUAUCAAAUUUCAUUGUUAGACGGAGAAUGGCUGUGAUCCACUAUGCUCUUGCCUUCAUAGAACUAGCCAAAUUUACAGGAAAAGUUGAGCUGUCUUGUUUUUAUAGCUGGAACCAAUUUCAUAUGGAGAUAUAUGCCCUCCUUGCUGAGGUAACUAACCAAAACACUUCGGAUGAAAUGAUUUUUUGUGGUCCUGAGGCCAGACAGUUUAAGUUAAGUAUAUUUCUCUGGAUCCUCGCCAAAGCUUUUGGCGACAUCGAAAUGACUCAAAUAGACAACUUUGACAAAAACAGCUGUCAGCAGCUCAAGAAAAACUCGGAAGCAAACCGUCGAUUUGAGCUUAUAUACUUUAGCAUUCACUGCAAUUUGGCAUCUUGCUUUGCCCGACUUUCCUGUAGAUUGCGCUGUAAGUCUCAACCUGACUGUGAUGACGAGUUAUUCCUCAAAUGUCAAUCCCUCUCUUUGGCUUACCUCCACACGGCUGAGCAGAUGGCAAGUCCUCAGUCAAAUGUAUGCACUGAAUCCCUUUUUACUACAGAUGAAUUUAGAAAAGAACCUAUUAGUAGUCGAAUGAUCAAUGCUUUUGAGGCCGGAGCCCGGGAAGUAGGCAUUUCGCUGAUGGAGGCUAAAUGCAUUGUAGCACUUUGCUUAAGUGACUGUUCUGAAGCCACUGGUUUCAUUUGUCGAGUUAUACAGCGCUUCACGACGAUUGGAACAGUUAUCGACGAGGUGAAGCCAAUCACUGGAUCACGGAUUGGCACUGCUUCAAUUGGUGUCGACGCCACUCGCCUUCUGUUUGCUGUGGUUAAUCGAAUUCGGUUGGCUCGGCUAGCUACAAUGCUCUUUAUGAAGUGGCCUCGUCCACUUCAAACUUUUGUAAACUGCGAUACUCAACAGAACAAUGCUGAACACGCAAUAUUCGACUGUCUUAUCGAGGAGAUGCACAGUACAGUCGAGAGGGAGCUUCAUUCUCAGGCCCUCCAGGGAUCAGUUGCUGGUGACUUGUUUCAAUGGAUAUCAUUCUGCUGUCACCUCCAGCGAAUUGCAGGUUGUGCGAUGUCAUCUUUCAAGGCGCCUGUUAAUAAAACUAUAGAUGAACGCCUCACCGAGUUAAGUGGCUUAUUGGAUGAAUUUUACACCCUACCGCGACCGACAGAUCAGCUGAUUUCAUGGAGCUCUCGUGAGGUCGAGCUACUAAUGGAAGCCUGUUUUGGCUUGGGUAAGCCUCUUGUUGCCUUUCAGCUGCUUCAUGGUCAGAAGGUUGGCCACUUCGACCAAACAACUCCUGUAGCCUUCAUUUGUUUGGAGCUUUUGCAGACGGGAAGCCUUCUCGGAUGGCUUUUCGGCCGUGGCUCUUGUAGUGAAAAUAGAUUGAAUGUCCCUGCUAUGAGCAAUAUCCAGAGGGAUUCCUGCAGCCUGAAGGGUUCCUGGUAUCUCCCGGCUCCAACCAGUGAUAGAAUCAAGGAGCUGUGCGUUGCUGUAGCGAAACACAUGUUUCAACAAGAAGGUCGUCAGUCAACCAGGCUGAAUGAGACAAUGAUUCAAUCAGAGCAUCGCAGACUACCUUCUUCUGAUCUGCUUUGCACUGCACUCGCUUCCUGCCCAACUCUUCGCUGCAUGCCCACUGAUUUGCUUGACUCUGACUCAGAUGGGUCUAUAGAAAGUGUAGUGCGA